AUGUGGUCUAGUGUGAAGCAUCCCUGCCUAUGGCUGGGGGGGUUGGAUGUAGAUGAUCUUAAGGUCCUUUCCAACCCAAACUAUUCUAUGAUCCUAUUGCACUGGUAUUGCAUUAAUACAGCUGCACACACAGAGGUAACAGUGGGAUGCACUGCAUACAGAGUGUAGUGUUCUGCAUUGUCUCCCACUGAUGUUGCAGGAUGUUGGGACCACUUUGUGGUCUUCACUCAAGCACUUCAAACUCAGCCUUCCACCAUUGCUCCUGUCAGUGGGGCUAUGCUGCUGUUAAGGCAAAAGUAGCAAAGUAUUUUUCAUGGGAGGGAAGAGUUUAGGCAAGAUUUCAGCAAGAUGAAAGGUGUGAUAAGGAGAGAUGAUAGGAUUAAUAUUUGACAUCAGUGUAACCUAAGUAUAAUCACUGUCUCUUUUGCUUUGGAUAAGAGUCAUCAGGUUGGCUGGAAGAGGCUGUUGAAAACAUGUACAUAGUACCUAAACAAGACUCAUCUUCAUAAAACACCUUUAAAUGAAGGAUUGCAGAAGUGCAAUAUCUCACAUGAGACCACUGCAAGUAUGGAAAAGCAGUUUUCUAUGUCCUGUCAGCAGAGAGGCUAAUCUAGUGCUGAAAGAUAGCCAGUUAGGAAACAAUUUAAAAUUUAAAAAAGAGCUGUUCUGAUUUCAGACAGAAUGAAUGGGCUCUAAAACAGACCACUCUGUGGUGACAGUUUCAAAGAGUAGAGGGAAAAUCUGGGUUGCAUUUAGGUUUCUAUUGCCCUCACCACAUGAGGGAAGAGGAAGUUAAGCUACGAAUCUGAGAGGCUUUCAUUUGUUGUUUUGCUGAUCUUCAACAAAGACACCCUGAUGCAAAUGCUAAUAAUCCUGUGUGAUGAUCAUAAUUUCAGUGAAACUUCUUUUAACAAUGUGUUUUGGCUGCUUAGCUACAGGUCCCAGUAAUAUAACAGUCAUCCAAACACCAACAAAAAUGCGUCUAUCAAUUGGAGACUACACUGAAAUCGCCUGUAUUUGGGAAAAAUCUGUUGUGAGAUACAGAGUAAGCUGGUAUCUUCUUAAUAAAGAGAACAUCACCACAACUAUAUCAUCAAAACUUCUGUAUGUAUACAAUGACACCAGUGACAGCAAGGAUGUGCUGGUGAUAAACUCUGCCAAUAUAAAUAACACUGGAUUUUACUACUGUGAGAUAAUGAUUAAAAUACCUUUCUGUAAGAAAGUAUGUGGAAAUGGGACAACAGUGAUUGUUGAAGAGAAAGAGGCUCACUCAUUGAACAAGAGAGAUUUGGCAAUAUGCGCCAUCAUUCCUUUCUUAGUGGCACCAGCAAGCUUGAGUCUUUGCUACAGAAAGAAACAGAAACAGCGCUCAAAACUUCCCAGUUCUGCACUGCUUCCUGUGCCAACAGGAGGGCAUCAGGGGGAGGGAAUGCUCGAGGCUGCAGAAGUUCAGGGGAGAAGUGAAUCCACAAGUGGAGCAGCUGAGGAAAACUCAGCUGAAUGGUCUGUGUCUAUCCUUUAUGAAUAACUUGGUUCUUUCUUGCAAUGAAUAAAGAGGAAAAGAUGAGAAAUCCACUGCAACUGUUGUAUCCUGUGUAGCUGAUGAGCAAAUCCCACAAACUAGGGCAGUUGAAAAGUCCAGAAUGAGACACGGACUCGCCGUCUACUUUGACAUUCAGAACUAAAAGGACAUUAAAAAAUAUGGCUAAAAAGCUGUAAAACUGAAAACUAUGAUAAUUUUCUGCUGAAGGAUGGAUUCUGUGAGUUCCCUGUCAGAAGCAUGUCGGCAGGACAGGAUGCAAGAAAAAAGAUUGGUUCCAAGUAGUCUCUGAAUGUUUUGUCACUGACAAAAUGCUGUGAGGAGCCUGUGAAUUUGGAGGGCAUGUUAUUUUAGAAGACCAGCUUCAAUUCUUCCCCCUGUAUCUGGAAAUAGAAGAUGUGCUGCCAUAGUUUGAAAAAUCUUCUGGACUGAACAUUCUCCGACAGAAGCAUUUCUUCAGGCAGCCCAUGUAGAAAUAGCAGAAGGUAAAAUAAAAGUGCAUAUGGUGGUAAUCAUUUGACCAGAUAGAUCACAUAGGAUGAAACUAUCAUCAGUGCUGACAACCUCGUAGCCAGAGUGGUAUGCCAGAAGGGUUUAUAUUCCUGUGGAAAAGGACUGUUAGUGGUACUUUAUUCACAUAUGAGGAAAAAUCUUCCAGAGAAAAUAGUCUACUAUGCACAGUGAAAUGCUAGGUUUAAAUGGAGCUCUCUAUAUUUAUGUAUAAUUAUUGCCUAUCUGGUGGAGGAGGGCUGCUUGGAGGAGACUGGAGCAUUAACACUUGUUUCACUUUUGCCAGCUUCAAAACUUCAAAACCAAAAAAUUACUGAUGAAAAAUCAAACCUGGAAAGUAAGGGAAAGCUGGCUUCCAAGGUGAGCAGUAUUGACAGCAAAGCUAACGGCAGUUGUCCAAGCACUGCUGAGUACUCAGAACAGGUAUCUGCAGUGUGAAUGUAUUUAUGUACCAGAGGUAUUUUGUCUUCUGUUUAACUUUGCAGAGCUUUGCUGGAAGUUAAGCAUGUUCCCAGCAACACAAGGAGAAACAACCUCACUGCGCACGAGGUUUGUUACAGCUUGUAGCAGGGCAGUAGAUGCAGAUUGGCUUUCCUGGAGCCCUUAAAAACAGUUUGUGUAGUCUAAAGGUGUGACUGGCUUGCUGCUCAAUAUCCUGUAAUGAGGUCUUUGUGGCCAUACAGCAUGGCUUGUGGUCUGGUUCUCUCUACGCUAUAGCAGCUGCAGUUCACAACUACUGUAGCUCAGAAGUGGCUCACUCCUUGGCGUGAAUCCUCUUUCCUGGGUGGUUCUGUGACCUCCCCUGGAUGCUGUUCUGCAGUGAAUAUUCUGCUGUCAGAAAUACGCUGUAAUCACUGCACUGUGACUAUACCUCGAAUGAGAGAAAAUAUUUGUUACUGACUAUUUGUUACAGUACAUCUCAUGGUACUUACACGUAGGUUGGAUAAACCAAGAGGAUUUUCUUUUCUUCCUUUUGAAGUUCAGUCACUUUAAAAUCUUGGUGAUUUUUGCCCUGAAAUGUUAUUACAGACUUGUUUUCUUUACUGUGUGGUGAAACAGUCAUGUGCCAUAUUCCUUUGAGGCUUACAAACAGGAUUGUGGAUUUCCACAGACCCUGUAUCUUUGUCCCCAACACAAGAAAGUUGUAACCAGUAAAAGGAAUGGUGACCUUCGGGCCAGGUUCCUUGGUCAAGGAAGCUUUUAGUUACACCUCCAGAGCUGUAAGUGCAUGCAGUAAAUUUUGGUCUGUCUAUAUAUUGCUGGUUACGUCUCUAAUCACAAUCAGGAGAUGCACAGUAUUCAGGGAAUUGUUAAAGGCAACCACUAAAUUAAGAGAUUGCCACUAAACCACAAUUUAAUAGUCUCCAAAUCAUAUUUUCAUUAAACACUAUUAGAAAUUGCUGAUUAAAUGUGGUUCCUACUAGCAAAGAAUGCUGCCUUAUUAACAGCUGCUCAUAUUUUGUACGUAACAUAGUCAUUUCCAACAUCUGACAGCUGAAAAUGACACCAAAUUUAUCAGGACCUAUUUUUAGCUGUGACUGACAGUGGCUAUGAGCCAGCAGAGUAUUUUCAGAGCUCCCGCUGGUUGUCCUACUCAUCAGUAAUAGUUUGACACCUAUGCAUCACAUGUGUUAUCUUCUCUGCUUCUGUACCACUUGGGAAGCAACACACUCUUCUGUUUUUAUUUCUUCAUGGUUGUUUUGAUAGCUUUAUAACAAAAAAGAGCUCUGUAAUUAA